AUGGAAUUUGUUCAACGUGCGAUGCACAAAAAUAAAGACAUUGUUGGUGUAUUAUUCAUUAUCACAGUCGAUCCGAUUAAAGUAUCCGCUUCAAAAACUCCAUUUGCUCUGAUCGAUAAAUAUAGCGCUAUGAAAAGCGAAAAGGAAAUUCUUUUUUCAAUUAAUACUAUUUUUCGUGUUGGUGAAAUCAAACAAACACCCAACGAUAGUCGUCUAUGGGAAGUUCAAUUGACUUUCACCGAUGACAACGAUCCACAACUGGUGGCUCUCACGCAACGCAUGCAAGAGGAGAUCACCGGUACUGGAUGGAAUCGGAUGGGUCAACUCAUGCUUAAAGUGGGUCACGCGGCUCAAGCUGAAGAGCUCUACAAUGAACUACUCAAGAAUGCUUCAAACGAUAGUGACAAAGCAUCUAUCUAUAAGCAUCUUGGAUGGGUGAAAUACGACCAAGGACAAUACAAAGAAGCAAUUAUGUUUCAUGAGAAAUCGCUCAGAAUGUGCAACGAAACUGUUCCAAAAAAUGAUACUUUAUUAGCCGAAAACUGCAACCACAUCGGUCUAGCACAUAAAAACAUGGGUGACUACCACAAAGCACUUGAAUUCGUCAAUAAAGCACUUAUAAUAAGAGAAACAACUCUGCCUCCGAAUCAUCCCGAUUUAGCUGAGUCCUACAACAACAUCGGUCAAGUUUAUAAUACGAUGGAUGACUACUCAAAAGCACUUGAAUUCUAUGAAAAAGCACAUCAAAUCUACGAAAAAGCUCUGCCUCCGAAUCAUCCCGAUUUGGCCACUUCCUACAACAACAUCGGCCUAGUAUAUAAUAGCAUGGGUGACUACUCGAAAGCAUUGGAAUUCCACAAAAAAGCACGCCAAAUCUACGAAAAAGCUCUGCCUCAGAGUCAUCCCUCAUUGGCUACAUCCUACAACAACAUGGGCCUAGUGUGUGGCACCAUGGGCGACUAUUCAAAAGCACUUGAAUUCUACGAAAAAGCAAAUACGAUCGCCGAAAAGGCUCUGACGCCGAGUCAUCCAGAUUUAGCUACUUCGUACAACAAUAUCGGUCAAGUGUAUGACAGCAUGGGCGACCACUCAAAAGCACUUGAAGUCUACAAAAAAGCACAUACAAUCGCUGAAAAAACUCUGCCUCCGAAUCAUCCUUCAUUUACUUCUUCCUACAGCAGUAUCGGUCUGGUAUAUAACAAGAUGGGUGACUACUCAAAAGCACUUGAAUUCCAUACGAAAGCACAUCAAAUUUACGAAGAAACUCUGCCUCCAAAUCAUCUGAAAUUGGCCAAUUCCUACAACAACAUCGGUCUACUGUACAACAGUAUGGGUGAUUACCCACAAGCACUUGCAUUCUACGAAAAAGCACAUCAAGUCGCUGAAGAAGCUUUGCCUCAGAAUCAUCCUUCAUUAGCUACUUUCUACAACAACAUCGGUCUAGUGUGUGGCACCAUGAGCGACUACCCAAAAGCACUUGAAUUCUACGAAAAAGCAUAUACAAUCGCCGAUAAUGCUCUGCCUUCGAAUCAUCCUUCAUUAAUUACUUCCUACAGCAGCAUUGCUCAAGUUUAUAACAAGAUGGGUGACUACGCAAAAGCACUUGAAUUUCACACAAAAGUGAAUAAAAUUUACGAAGAAACUCUGCCUCCGAAUCAUCCCGAUUUGGCCACUUCCUACAACAACAUUGGUCAACUGUACAACAUCAUGGGGGAUUACCCAAAAGCAUUUGAAUUCCACGAGAAAGCACAUCAAAUCUACGAAAAAGCUCUCCCCCCGGAUCAUCCAGAUUUGGCUACUUCCUACAAUAACAUUGGUCUGCUGUAUAGCAGCACGGGCAACUACUCAAAAGCACUUGAGGUCUAUGAAAAAGCACAUACAAUUGCCAAAAAAACGCUGCCUUCGAAUCAUCCCUCAUUGACUACCUUCUACAACAACAUCGGUCUAGUGUAUGGCAUGAUGGGAGACUACCCAAAAGCACUUGAAUUUUACGAAAAAGCAUAUACAAUCGCCGAAAAUACUCUGCCUUCGAAUCAUCCUUCAUUAAUUACUUCUUACAGCAGCAUUGCUCAAGUUUAUAACAAGAUGGGUGACUACUCAAAAGCGCUUGAAUUUCACAAAAAGACGCAUAAAAUUUACGAAGAAACUCUUCCUCCGAAUCAUCCGAUUUUAGUUAAUUCCUUCAAGAACAUCAGUGACUACUCAAAAGCUCUUGAAUUCUACGAAUAG